AUGGACAAGUUGAGAGAUAAACUUAAUUCAAUUCGCGCUGAAGCUGAAGCAGCGAGUCAACGUGCAGAGAAUGCUGAGGCCGACUUAAAAAAAGCAAAAGGCGAAUUAAUGAGCAAAGAUCAAGAAAUCAUAUCUCUCCAAAAUAAAAUUGCGCUUUUGGAAGAAGAAAAUACUCGUAUAGAGAAAAAAGUCACGGACGAUAAACUUUUACAAGAGGAAGUCGAGACGAAUAAAAGUACCACCGAGGCACUUCAACGAAAAGUCGCGUUACUUGAAAGUGAAUUAGAUAAUACUGAGCAGAGUCUACGGGAUAUAACAGAGAAACUUCGACAGACUGAUGUUAAAGCAGAGCACUUUGAGCGGAAAGUGAAUCAACUCGAAGCUGAAAAAGCUGAUUUGGAAAAACAAGUAGAAAGUCGUGAAGAAGAACUCGCAACGGCCAAGAAAGAACUCGAGGAAACCUUAAAGUCAUUUGAAGAUAUGUAA